AUGUUAUUGCACUACUCAACUGAUACGCUGAUUAAUUUAUCACUUAUUGUUUUACUUUCUAUCAUAACAAAUGACGAGAAUCUUAUAACAGAACGUUUCAAAUGUAUCAGUGGCUGUUGUGAUCAACACGAAUGGUGUCGAUUUUGGGCAUCUGUUGGAGAAUGUGCAGCUAAUCGAAACUGGAUGGAAGAUAACUGCCAGUUAGCUUGUAAUACGUGCCAAAAAGAAACAGCUAGCGGCACUUUUGCUUCUCCAAAAGUCAUUCCAUCUACUGUCAUUCCGUCUACACGCCGCUUAACAGCUUUUGAACGCUGUAAGCAAAUUCAAGCAAAUCCAGCACUGUCAGCAGAAACUUUAUUCCAUGAACGGCUUAUUUUUCCUGUCGAAGAUUUGUCAGGUCGACAACCGCUGACCCAAGAAGAAGUGGUGAGAUCAAAUAUUGCUUUCGCAUGUGUCCCACGACUAGAUGAAGCUGAAUGUGAGCGUUCACUAUGUUAUAAUUUAUAUUAUCGCACAAUGGAUGGAACUUGUAAUAAUUUCAAUCGGCCUUUACGUGGAGCUGCAUUUCGACCUUAUAACAGACUAUUACCACCGGAAUAUGACGAUUCACUUUCCGAACCAGUUGGUUCAAUGCUACCACUACGACCAAAUGCUCGGGAAGCUAGUCGUUUACUACUCUCAUCACGAAAAUCAGUACAGCAUCCCGAAUUCAAUGCUUUGUUAAUGCAGUGGGGACAAUAUUUGAUCCAUGAAAUGGCCAAGACUACAUUAGUCCCAUCAGCAAAAUGUAAUGUCUGUCAAAAUAUUCAAGGACGUUGCAUGAGAGUACCAGUUCAAGUUAAAGAUCCUAACAAGAAUUUUCGAUCUAAUAAAUGUAUCCGAGUCUCUCGAUCUAGUGCAAUUUGUGGCUCGGGAAACAAAAAACCACGACAACAACUUAAUGAAAAUACAAACUUUAUUGAUGGGUCACCUAUUUAUGGAUCAAGUGUUGGAGAUUUGCACAAAUUUCGAGAUGGUAGAACAGGUUUUUUGAAGACGCAGGUUUUCAAUGGAUUAAAGUUACUUCCAUUUGACACAAGUAAAUGUCAAAGCCCAAUUUCUUGUUCAGCAAUUUUCAUAGCUGGAGACAGUCGCGUAAACUUAUUUGUGGGCCUUUCUUCCAUUCAUAUAAUCUUGUCAAGAGAACAUAAUCGCUUGGUUACUGCACUGCAAAAAUUAAAUCCACACUGGAAUGGAGACCGACUAUUUAUGGAAGCUCGAAAAAUUGUUGGUGCUGAAAUUCAAGCCAUAACUUAUAGAGAAUACUUGCCAAAAAUUCUGGGCAGUGCUUUUGUAACAACAAUUGGAGAAUAUCAUGGUUACGAUCCAAAUGUUGAUCCAACUUUAACUAAUGAAUUCAACUCCGCUGCUUUUCGUUUUGGUCAUGGAAUGAUUCAAGAAAUAUAUCCACGUCUAGAUCGUAAUUUCCAUAAUCUUUCUCUUAGUAGCUUCUCAUUUGUGCAUGGUACACAGCAUUCUGACCUUUUGAUAUUUGGUGGUGGUGUUGAUCCCAUUCUGCGAGGUAUGAUGAUGUUACCAGUAAAACGAUCACAGCGGCUUACGAAAGCAAUUACAGAAAAUUUAUUUGGUAGUACUGAUCUUGGUACUAUCAAUAUACAACGUGGUCGUGAUCAUGGUUUACCCCCUUAUGUGAAAUUCCGCACACUUUGUGGACUUCGAUCAGCUACAACUUUUGAUCACUUUUCACGUGAAAUUAUGGGUGCGAGAAUACGAGCUAGACUUAAACAAGUUUAUGAUAGAGUAGAUUUGUACGUUGGUGGGUUAUUAGAAGAUCCUGUGGUAAGAGGUUUUGUUGGACCCACUUUUGCAUGUAUUAUUGGACCUCAAUUUCAAAGAAUACGAGAUGGCGACCGAUUUUAUUACGAGAAUCCAGGAGUCUUUACACGAGCACAACUAGCAGAAAUUCGAAAAAGCAGUCUAGCACGCUUAUUAUGUGAUAAUGGUGAUAAUAUGGAUACAGUCCCACGAGAUGCAUUUCGAAUAGGUAGAAUCACAUCUUGUAGCCAAAUUCCCCAAAUGGAUCUGACGAAAUGGGAAGAAUGA